AUGUCUAUGUCAAAGGAUUCUUAUCAAUAUAACAGGAAAACAUUUGAAGAUGCUGUAAGUAUAUUAUCCAUUACUUUUUAUUUUUUUUUGUUAUCUAAAAUUGGUAUACAACUACUUUUACUUUAGGAAUGUCCAAUUCUGUGCAACACAUGUCUAGGAAGCAACCCGUACCUUCGAAUGGUAAGUUAUCCCAUAUAGUAUUAUUACUUUUAAAUUUAGCAAAAAGACAAGUUUGGAGCAGCUUGUAAGAUCUGCGAACGACCAUUCACUUGUUUCCGAUGGAUGCCUGGAAAAGGAGCUCGUUACAAGAGAACAGAAGUCUGUCAGACGUGUGCCAAACUGAAGAAUGUGUGUCAGACAUGCUUAUUAGAUCUGGAAUAUGGUCUUCCAGUUCAAGUCAGAGAUCAUGCUUUGGCCAUUCAAGAUCAGAUGCCCAGAGAUGGAGCAAAUCGAGACUUUUACAUUCAAAAUGCAGACAGAGCUUUGGCGAACACAGAUGGGACAGUUCCGUAUGGACAGUUGGCCGAGAUUAAGGAUGCUGGAAGUAAUGAGUUGUUGAAGAAGCUGGCAAGGAAUCAACCCUACUACAACAGGAAUCUUCCUCACAUUUGCUCGUUCUUUGUGAAGGGAGAAUGUAGACGUGGAGAGGAAUGCCCUUACAGACACGUCAAGCCUUCUGAUCCCGACGAUCCGUUGAGUCAACAGAACAUGAAGGACAGAUAUUAUGGACACAAGGAUCCGGUGGCUGAGAAGUUAUUGACGAGAGCGCAAGCUUUCCCCAAAUUGACACCACCAAACGAUCUUACUGUUACCACACUGUACUUGGGAAAUUUGGGGAAGGGUGUUGUUAGUGAAGAGGAUCUCAGGUAAGAUUUUAAUGCUGCAGUAACGUAACAGUACAUAGAAUGUACAUGGUUUAUAAAUUCACUUAUAUAUUGUGUUUUUUCUAUAAUCUAUAUCUUUAGAAACAAUUUCUACCAGUACGGAGAGAUCAGAACAAUCCACAUGGUACCAGUGAGGGAUAACAAUGCUUGUGCUUUCAUUCAAUUCACGACCAGAGAAGCCGCCGAAAGAGCUGCUGAAAAGACUUUUGAGAAUCUCAGAAUCCACGACCGUAAGAUUCGAGUACGAUGGGGAACGCCGAGAGGUGAUAACAGUCAGUACAACCAAGGUAACAGGCCAUUGGACCCUGUACCGAACAUUGACAGUUGUAAGUUUUUAAUUUAUUGACUUUGAGACUAAAAGGUCAUAUUAAAUAAAACCUAACCUCUUACUAUCACGCCUCAUUUUACAUUUUAUAUUUUUUAUCAAUUUCAGUACCAGUACCGGAUCUUCGACCAGGCACAUCAAAAAGACCAGCGACAGAUCUUCCUGAACCUCCACCGCAACCCAAACGACUGGUCGUCCCAGAAGUGGGGCCCUCUGGAUAUAAACAGUCGAAUAAACAAAACAAGAUCUACUACCCAAGUCAAGACCCUCAAAGGUUGGGAGCUAAAGGUGAUGUUAUUGAAUGA